AUGGAUAAAAGGAAAAAAGCAUCCGCUACCGAGCUGAGGCUCAUGGUGGUCGGUAGCAGUGGUCCCUGUCAGUUCCAGCUGACCAACGCCAUACUCGGGAGGGAGGAGUUUUCCAAGGAUGUCACCAGCAUCCCGGGCAGCAGGAAGAAUACAGGAGAGCUGGCCGGGAGACGAGUGGCUGUGAUCAAUGCCCCCAACAUCUACGACAAAGACAUAACUCAAACCAAGAGGGAAACCGAGCUGAGAAGGUCCAAGUGCUUAUGUAUUCCGGGGCCUCAUGCCCUGCUGGUUGUGUUUGAGAUGGAGAACAUCUCCCCAAAUGACAUCAAGACUCCCAAGCUAGUGAUGAAGCACUUUGGAGAAAACUGCCUCAGUCACUGCAUGGUUCUUCUGGCCUACGAGGGGAACCUGGAGGGAGCCGGUCUGGAUGACCGGGUGCUGCGGACCAACUGGCACCUGAGAGAACUGAUUGAGAAGUUCGGAGGACGCUUCCACAUCUUCAGCACAAACUGGAGAGAUCGCAGCCGGGACCGAGAGCUGCUCCAGAAAGUGGAGCGCAUGGUGGCCUCUUUGGGAGGGAGCUAUUUCUCAAGCAGAGCUUUCCAGAGAGCGGAGGAUAACGUGAAGCGGGAGGAGAAGAAGCUGAUGAAGCAGCGGAAAGCGGAGAUGGAGAAGGUGCGGCGCGAGCUGGAGAACUAUUACAGUGGGGAGGAGCUGCGCUGGCAGAGGGAUGCCUACAAUGCCGGUGUCGAGGCAGAGGUCAGGGCCAAGGCGGAGAUGGACAAUGGCUGGCUCAGAACCUCCCUGGUCAGGGGGCUGGGGAUGGGCUUAGCUGCAGGGGCCAGCAUGGGCAUACUGGUUGGGGCUGUAGAGGGACCCGGGGGCAUGAUUCUGUAUGGUAUACUGGGUGGCGCGGUAGGGGUAUCAGCGGGAGGUACAGCCCAGGUGGCCAUACAACAUUUGGAGGAGAGAGUUACACCCUCCGCCAGACUCAACUUCAACUCAAUCUUCAUCAAUCGCUUUUUCUCGUCCCCGCGUCAGUGA